CCGCAUGAUAUUUGUACUCGUCUAUGGCGUUAUUUGGACUCGUCUAAGUGUAGUUGGAUAAUAAUCAAUAUUACUGAUUGUUGGUUUUCCAAUGAAUAGCUGCUACGUGUUAAGAGAUUACAGUUUGGUUUCUUUGCCCAUUAACUGUCUUAAACUAUGUUUCACGAAACUUCCCUGCCACAAGAGGCAUGAUGUUUAUAUGACUGCAGGUCUUAAAUUGAACCCUCUAAUGAAGUGGCUUCAAUGGUUGUAGCAACAAAUGGAGAAGCUUCCAUCGAGCAUGUUACAGCAUAUGUUACAGAAACAGUGAACCUGUUCUUCCCAAGGUCAGCAAAUGACUCUUCCAGCACCUUUCGCAAGUAUGCAGUGUGGAUAAACAAAACGAUCACUAUCACUCUUGGAAAGGAAAAUGAUGGAAAGGACAAAUUCCUUUGCAUCGAAAACUCCACUUACUCAGUCAUCUGCCAGGAGCGUUUCUCCUUUCACUAUGUGAACAGCUCCUACAUAUCACUUCGGAUACGAAGUGUAACAUUUCAGGAUGCUGGGCAGUAUGUCUGUCAGACGUAUUUCUCACAGGCUGGUGCUGGCAAAGACCCAAGAUAUGAACAUGUACAGUUAACUGUACGAGAAAAACCAACAAUCCGCACUAAAGAAAUUAUGUCCCCCACUGCUCCCAGGUCAACAAGCCCUCACUCAGAAAAAACAGCCGUUCGACCAAAAGAAACAAAUUUUACCAUUGUUUCUAGGGCCACAAGCCAUCACUCAGGGAUAUUUCAGCCUUUCUUUUGCGUGCUGAUGGUGGUAACCAUUCUACUUCAGGCCUUGUUCUAUUAGGGAACAUCACAUGGGAACAUUACGUGGACACUUCACAGUUCAUGAUUGAAUGUAUUUCCCUGGUUGAGCUGAUCAUAUUAUUUAUUUUAUGAUAAUUAUGGCCAACUAUGGGACAGAUUCGUGAAAGUCCCCAGCCAAAGUCUACUGCAGUGGAAGCGAUUGUGACUUCGCAACCACAACAGACUGUUGUUACUCGAAGUGGUAGAACUAGCGUGCGCCCUUCCAGGUUGGAUGACUUUGUCACCUAGAUACAACGAACUUUGAACUAUGGACAUUGGUUGAGUUACUAAAAAAAAAAAAAAAAA